AAGGAGGCGUUGGUCUAGCACACCGUCGUUAUACGCGGUGAUUGGUUGGUUGCACAUGCGUUUUGUGAAAUUGCGAUAGCUCGUGCGUGGUUGCUGACUGCUCGCCAACGAGGACGCAGGGGUGCCGAAUGCUGUCGCGUGGCCGAGUGCAAACGCUUCUCACACCGUUCGUGUUAGGUGCUUGGAUUGCAUAAUCGUCGAACGAAAGCGCCUGCGACAAGCAUGGUUGAUCUGGUGGAAGGUAUUCUUCAGUAUGUCGCCGAGCACGGGGCUUGCGACUCGUUGCAGCUGGCCCGUGUUAUGGACGUGGACCACCAGAAAGUAGUCGGCACUAUCAAGAGCAUCCAAGCCUUCGGAAAUGUUCUGCAAGUGGAGCAGCAAAGUGGCGAGCACUGGGAGCUGACGGCUGAGGGAAGCGAGGUGUGCCAGCAGGGGAGCCCCGAGGGUCGCCUGGUGCGCCUGCUUGGGCCCGAGGGCCUCCCACGAGCGUCCCUGAGCCGAGGGGACCAACUCGGCCUGAGCAAGGCCUUGGCCUUGGGUUGGGUGCUGCUGGACAAGGAGCACGGUACGGUUCGGCUGUCCUGUACCGAGCCUCCACCGGAUUUGGUGCAGGCCAGUCUGUGCCAGGUGCGCAGUGGCCACGCCCACCUGUUGGACGAUGCUCAGCGCCAAGAACUGAAACGGCGAAAGCUGCUGCGCCAAGUGGUGGUCAAAAGCUAUCGGGUGCAGCGGGGUGAGAACUUUGCCACACAGUUGAGCAAGCCCGAGACUGACCUGACUGCCGAGAUGCUGGCCAGUGGUCAGUGGCGGCAGCGACCCUUCAAGGCAUACAACUUUGCUGCCCUGGGCCAACCAACGGAGGGCGGGCAUCUGCAUCCCCUCCUUCAGGUGCGCUCCGAGGUGCGACAGGUCUUUUUGCAAAUGGGCUUCACGGAGAUGUCAACAGCUCGCUAUGUAGAGAAUGCCUUCUGGAACUUUGACGCCCUCUUCCAGCCACAGCAACACCCAGCGAGAGACGCCCAUGACACCUUCUUCCUCAAGGAACCCCGCGAGUGCCAACGGCUGCCUCAGUCAUCGUAUGUGGAGGCUGUCAAGCUGGUGCACUCAGUUGGCGGCCAUGGGUCGCAGGGCUAUCAGAGUCCGUGGCUAGAAAGUGAAGCUCGCAAGAAUCUUCUGCGCACGCACACCACGGCUGUGAGUGCGCGAAUGCUCUACGCGCUCGCUCAACGGCAACCCUUCACGCCCUGCAAGCUCUUCAGUAUCGACCGGGUCUUCCGCAAUGAAACUCUCGACGCCACGCACCUGGCCGAGUUCUGCCAAGUCGAGGGCCUAGUGGCUGACCGAGGCUUGACCCUGGGUCACCUGCAGGCGCUGAUUGGCGGGUUCUUUGCACAGCUGGGUAUGGAGCGGGUGCGUUUCAAGCCAGCUUACAACCCAUACACAGAGCCGUCUAUGGAGAUUUUUGCCUUCCACCCUGGCCUCGAUCGAUGGGUCGAGGUGGGGAACUCGGGCCUGUUCCGGCCGGAGAUGCUGCAACCCAUGGGGCUGCCACAGGACGUUCGUUGCAUUGCAUGGGGGCUUUCUCUCGAGAGGCCAACCAUGAUCAAGUGUGGAUUAAACAACAUCCGAGACCUUGUAGGACCCCGUGUUGACCUGGACAUGGUGUACAGCAGCCCACUGUGCAGAUUUGUGCACUGACCACCAUAAGUGUCAAGAAGAGCCAACAAUUUCCAGACGGUGUACUCAGCACAGUUGCUGGUUGGAAUUUAGCCCUGCAAAGCUAUUUGAAGACGUUUUAUUUAGCACCAAUGAGUCAUGGUUUUGGUAGAAUUGCAUAAAAGAGGUCGAUAUUUUUCA